CAGCUGUUAGCUUGUUUGGUUUUAUUAGUAUUAUACUUUGAUUUUGUUUCCUAUUUUUUCUUCUUUGGUAUAUCUGUUAUUGAUAUUAUAUAUGGAGAUAGGUGCACCCAUGUGAGAUGCUUUUACUAAGGCUCAUAAUGAUAUUGGCCCUUCUUUACUCUUUCUCUUCCUAUUGAUUCUUCAUUUCUUUCUCUUUCUUGGAAAAAUAUAUUGCUUUUUUCCCUUCUUGUAUUCCUUUCUUGUUAGUUUUUUUGAGAGUUUUUAGGCAUACCCUUUGCUUUAUUUGCUUUAUAUUUUCAUUUGGGUUGUGCUAAAUACCAGAAAUCUACUGUAACAUGAGUGGAAGAGGAGGUGGAGGGGUUGUUAUGGCUGGUGUUUUUGUGGUUCUUUUGCCUAUUUUGUUUACUUUUAGCUAUGCCUCACCUACUGUUCUCUCUGAUUUGAAUGCUCCAAAGUUCAGGCACUCACGUCUUGCGAAGAGUGCGUUACAACGUCAAACUUCCAAUGAAGAACUGUCAGAGCUUUGGACACCGUUGGCACACCAAGGAUGGAAACCUUGUACCGAAUCUGAUGGUGCCUCCACACUACCUGAAAAAUCUGAGGGAUACGUCCAAGUGUUCCUUGAUGGAGGACUAAAUCAACAGAGAAUGGGGAUCUGUGAUGCAGUUGUCGUCGCCAAAAUUCUGAAUGCCACACUUGUGAUCCCUCAGUUGGAAGUAAAUCCUGUUUGGCAAGAUUCAAGCUCGUUCGAGGAUAUCUUUGAUGUGGAUCACUUCAUCAACGUAUUGAAAGAUGACAUCUCUGUAGUCAAAGAGUUGCCCGAUGAAUUCUCUUGGAGCACACGAGAGUACUAUGGCGCAGCUAUUCGACCUACAAGAAUCAAGACUGCUCCAGUUCAUGCUUCAGCAAAUUGGUAUUUAGAGAAUGUGUCACCUGUACUGCAGAGUUAUGGAAUUGCUGCCAUUGCACCAUUUUCUCAUCGACUGACAUUCGACAACAUGCCCAAGUACCUCCAACACCUACGGUGUAAAGUCAACUUUCAAGCAUUGGCCUUUGUUCCUCACAUCAGACAUCUCGGAGAUGCCAUUAUAAAUCGCUUGAGGUAUCCUAAUGAAGAGAACAUGGUUAGUGACAACUACCUUAGAGAGGUUACUGAUCUUAAGCCCAAACAAGGAGCUGGCAAGUAUGCUGUUCUUCAUCUUCGCUUCGACAAGGAUAUGGCUGCUCAUUCAGCCUGUGAUUUUGGUGGCGGCAAGGCUGAAAAUUUGGCUCUAGCUAAAUACAGGCAAGUAAUUUGGGGAGGAAGAGUCAUCAACUCUCAAUUUACUGAUGAAGAAUUAAGGAGCCAAGGACGGUGCCCAUUGACGCCCGAAGAAGUUGGAUUGCUUCUGGCGGCCUUAGGAUUCGACAACAGCACUCGCCUAUAUCUUGCCUCCCAUAAGGUUUACGGUGGGGAACGCCGGGUUUCGGCCUUGAGAAGUUUGUUUCCUCUGAUGGAAGACAAAAAGAGCCUUGCAUCUUCUGAGGAAAGAGCUCUAAUCAAAGGGAAAGCUUCCUUAUUGGCUGCAGUUGACUAUUAUGUUGGUAUGCACAGUGAUAUUUUCGUUUCCGCCUCCCCCGGAAAUAUGCACAAUGCAAUGGUUGGACACAGAACAUACAACAAUAUGAAGACAAUAAGGCCAAACAUGGCACUAUUAGGCCAGCUUUUCUUGAACAAGACACUAACUUGGCCUGAGUUUCAACAAUCAGUAAUUGAAGGCCACCAAAACAGACAAGGCCAAAUUCGACUCCGCAAACCCAAGCAAUCACUCUAUACAUAUCCUGCUCCUGAUUGCAUGUGCCAAGCUUGAGGGUUCUUACUAGUUCUUGUGGGGGUGGAGGGGUACCAUAGAUCUUAAUUAUUUGUUUGGACAUCAAAUUAUUAUUGUUUAUUAUGCCUAUAUAACAGUUAUAAAUAAGAUGGCCACCCCUUUUGUUUGACUUAUAGGGGAUAUAUAUUUAUGUGUUACCACAUGAAUAUUUACAGUAGGGGUGUGGAAUAUGUUGUACAAUGUAUGUAUUGUUCCUUUGAAGAGUGCAUAUACAGAUCAAGUAGUAUUCUAGUCUUGACAGAUAAUAUUUUACCAUGUUA